GAUAAAUGAAAGGUAGAAUGAGAAUUUUCACUCAUAUAAUAGAAUAAAACAAAGAUAAUAUUUUUUUUGAUAAGUUUGUCAUUGGUCAAUUAUUAAGAAUUCUUGGUAUUUUAAAGAAAAUUAGUUAGAAUUGUUCUUUAAUUCUUAAAUUUGUUAAUCAUACCUAAUUAACUUUCUGGUAAAAAAAAGAAGAAGUCCAAUUCAUAUGGCUUCUUCUCUAACCUAGGUAUAAAAAGAUUUUACCAGCCCUACCAUAUCCACAAAAGCAAAGUGUAGAUUUUACCAAGGAAUAUUUCUUCUCCUCUACCUACGGAUCUUUUUACAGGUGAUUUUCAUGGAGUCUUCAUCUUCUCUCAAGGAGCUAAAACGUUUGAAACGUGUGAAUAGAGAAGAACUUCCUUGGGAUGCGCUUGUUAUCAUUUGCAAAACCCUAGAUUUUGAGGAUCUUUUUCAGUUUUCUGGUGUUUGCAAGAGUUGGAGGACUUUUCAUAAAUCAAAUAUCUUGUCAUCCAAGGAACCAUUGCUGGUUCGUAUUUUGUUUCGCGGUACUACUUCUAUAUCAUAUUCUUUUAUUACCAUACCUAAUCAAAAAGUUUACGAUUUGAAGAUCAUGAGUAGCUUCCCGCCCACAAAGUUUACCUAUGUUAGGGCUUCUAGCAGAUAUUUCAUCAUGGUCAAUAAUAAUAAUAAUUCAUUUCUUCUAUUCAAUCCGUUUACAAGAAUUAAAAGGGUAAUCAAUGCCACCUUUAGGGUUAAUUCUCGUAGAUUUGAUGAAUACCGAGCCUUGCUUGCUUUUGAGAAAUCCUCGGACGACAAAGAAUUUGUCUUGGUGGUUUUAUGCAUUCGGUCUAGGAGUUUGUAUGUCUAUCAAUCGCGACACUAUCGUUGGGUUACUUAUUCAACCGUAGAACCGGAGAUUGUAACCGACUUUGUGGUUUUCAAUAAUAUAAUAUAUGUGGUCACUAACAAUGCCAAUAUAGGGGUAUUGAACUUGAAUUCCAGAAAUAUUCAAUUUCUAAACCUCGAGAAUAACCCAAAAUAUUAUUCUUCGGAGAUUUUUUGGUUGGUUAAUUGUGACGAGCAACUUUUAAUGUUUGAUUUUUUUCGAAGGUGUGCUUACAAGAUAGACUUGUCGAGCAUGCAUUAUGUUAAGAUGAAAAGUUUGGGCGACAUUGCAUUAUUUUAUGUUUUUCGGAGGAACUGUCAGGCAUUGAGCAACCCCGAGAGAUUUGGGUAUGAGCGCAAUUAUGUGUAUGAAGUUAAUGCUACAAACCAAUGCAUAAUGUACAAUUGGAAUAAUUGGAAUUAUAUAAAGUAUGGUUGGAAUUGGAGUAAUACAAAUACAUACAGACCUCCAGAUUCUAAAACAGACUUUUAUUUUUUUGAUUGGUGUUUCAGACAUUUAAAAUAUGAAGUAGAUUAUUCUUUAGUUGAAUAAUUUAGCUUAGUGUAUUUGUGAUUUCCUUCUUGUUUGGCUUGGUUUGAGAUGAAAACAGUUUGUAAUGGUUAAUGAUUAGCCAGGUAUUUGUA